ACUUUGCGAUGUUCCUCUACCUUUAUUUUGAGGGGUCAGUAUGUUUCGCCUUUGUAUAACCUACCACAACUGCAUGGGAUGGAGCACUCACAAUGUUUCGUCAUAUUCUCUUCUAUUGGUGGCUUUACUCGGAGAGAUAUUUGCUCUUGAAUACUGUCCAUAUGUCAUGUAAACCGCAUACCUUUUGUAUCUUUUCCGAGAGGCCUUUCACAUAGGCUAGACAGACUUUCACAUAGGCAACUCAUGCUAGGAUGGUAUCGCACAGAAUUGUUCAAGUGUCAUGAAUCGCUACACACGAUUUACGAUACGGAAAAGAUUAUUUGUUAUCGUACUUUGCCUAACUCUACCGUGGUACUACAUAUCCAGCUAUCUCCAAAACUUCGACAAAUAUGAAUCAGCAACGGGCCAAUGUGUCUUGCCGAACAUCGACCCGUUUGAUGAAUCCAUAAAACAAUUCAUCCGUAAACUCAGUCCGUUACAAUGUUCUAAGAACAACGAUUUCAGUUACCUUGACAACAAAGGUCGAGUACAUUUGAAUUGGACAGCUGGUCGUCUUCUUGGAUUUCACCGAAAUCAGACAUACUGUGUGUACAAUGUUAUCAACAGAUACGAUGAUGAUGAUCAUAUCCUAUACCAACCUGCCCGGACAGUGGUUUUUCCCAUGGACAUACCUUCUGACUUCUUCCGUAUUACAUGCGCGGAUGAAUCUGGUUCCUCUUACAGCAAUCUACACGCUCAUAUUUUCCCUACAAAUAUCACAAAUGAAAAAGUUAAAAAAAGGUCAAACCCUCGGAAACAGUAUAAUGUUUUUAUAUUUGGGGUCGAUUCUGUCUCCAGGUUAAACUGUUUGAGGAUGCUUCCGAAAACCUAUAAGUAUCUCACCCAAGAACUAGGGGCGUUUGAUUUUCAAGGUUACACCAAAGUUGGAGAUAACACUUUCCCGAACAUGGUGCCAUUACUCACAGGGAUGCAUCCUUAUGAAGAGUCGUCGAAAUUACCUUAUGUAGAUCCCUCAUAUCAUUUUUAUGAUUCUUACCCUUUGUUAUGGAAGAACUUUUCCGAUGCCGGUUACAUCACGAUGUUUGCAGAGGACGAACCGUUACUGGGUAUUUUUAACUAUUUAUCAAAAGGUUUUAACCAGCAACCAACUGAUCAUUAUAUGCGACCGUUUUGGCUUGCUUUGGAUGACACUCACCCUAGCAAUAAGUUUAUCAGUCCCUUCUUGUUAAUGCUGGAGAAUCAUGAAGUCCAGCUUAGUAAGUCUUCGACCCUUUGCUUCGGAAAUAUUCCCAAACAUGUUGUCUUGAUGAAUUAUUAUAAAUAUUUCACAAUGAAAUACAAAAAAACACCCCGGUUUGGAUAUUCCUGGUUAACAGAACUUGGUCAUAGUCAUUUAAACAUUGUACAGUUGGCUGACAACGAUUUUGUUAAUUUCUUAAAAUCCUUAAAGGAUAAUGGUCAACUAGAUAACAGUUUUUUGAUUUUUAUGAGUGAUCAUGGACACAGGUUCGAUUCUAUACGCCAUACGUUAAUUGGACGCAUUGAAGAAAGAAUGCCGCUUUUUUUAAUGACAAUACCCAAAGGUUUCAAAAGAGACUAUCCAAGCGCAGCAGCUAAUCUGCUCGCUAAUACUAAAAGACUUACAAGUCCGUAUGAUCUCCAUCAAACGUUGAAGGAUAUUCUGUCAACUGAUUACGAAAAUAACAAUGCAAAGAGAUUAGCAUCGACAAAAGGAGUGAGUUUAUUUAGCAGAAUCAGUAAGCAAAGGAGUUGUGCAGAUGCUGGCAUUAGUGAAAACUACUGUCCAUGUUAUAAAAUAAAACCUUUAAACACAACAGAAAAUAAUGUGAGUCGCUCUAUAGCCAAGUUUAUUCUUGACAAAAUUAAUUCUCUUCUCCAACCCUGGAGAGGCAUAUGUAGCAAUUUAAAACUGAACAGUAUUAAAAGCAGCGAUAAAAUUGUCCCUCAUGCAAGUCUAAGAGAAGAAAAUGGUUUCUUUGCGUCUUUAUUGAAACACCAGGAACCGGAAGAGGGUACUUACACUGUUGUUGUUGAAACAGUCCCUGGUUUAUCUUUGUUUGAAGCCUCAGUGAACUACAAAAGCAACACUGAUAUUAGUCUCUAUGGAGAAAUAAGCCGAAUCAACCGAUACGGUAACCAAUCAGAUUGUAUAAGGAACAAACGGAUGAAACUAUACUGCUAUUGUAUCGCGUAAAAACGGUCUUGAAGACUAGCAGCAUUGCGCAUGCGUAAUAACAUACUUCACCACAUACUGACACAACACUUCUCUUUCACCUACCACGUAAUUUUAUUUAUAUUUAUAUAUAGAAAAAAAAGACUAAAAAUAGAACCGAUUGAAAGCAAGACAGUAUUAUACACACACACACAUACAUGUACACUUCGUUUUUGUAUUUGGUUUACAAGGUUCUGUAUGAGAACUCGUGCAUUGAAACGAAUCUUGUUGCAUCUUGGGAAGGUCAUUAU